GAAAGCAGGGCCUAUGGGUUUGUUCCGUAGUAAAAAAUAAUUUAGUCGGUUAACGUGAAAGCUUCAGUUUUUCGAAAAUGUCAUUUCCUAAAGCUCCUCUUAAACGGUUUAAUGAAAACGUUGGCUGUGCUCCUCCACCUGGAACAUAUCAAGUAAAUUUUCUUGAAUCAUCCACAAAAGGUCCAGUAUCCUUUGAGAAAUCGGACAGAUUUAGGAAAAAGAAAGAUGCUGCUCCUGGUGUAUGUUCAACUGAUAAUGAACAAAUGGCAAUGGGAAAACUUCAGCGAGCAUCAUCUAUUGGAACACUGUCUACACCUACAAAGAAGGGGGAGAAGGAGCAGCUAGCUACAAAAGAGACAAAACAACAAAAAGCCUUAGAGAAGGAAGUGCGUGUAUUGAUGCAACAAUGUGGAGAGCAAGAUAAAAGGAUUCGCAAUUUAGAGGAAGAACUAAAGAAGACUGAAGCAAAGUUAACUGCUGCCUUAAGGGAGAAAACUGGUCUUGCUGCAAACAUAGCAUCUUUUGAAAGGCAACUUUUUGAUCUGCAAAAAGCAAAUGAACUUUUGAAGACUAAGUUUUCUGAUGAUUCUUCAAGAAAGAAAAUGAACAGUCUUCUUGGAGAAUUGCUGGAAGCCAGGAAUAUAGUUGAUGCCAAGGAUAAAGAACUUGGAUAUAUGCAAAUUAACUUUGAAGGGCAACUGAAAGUUCUAGAGACUGAUUUAGAUGCAUGUAAAUCCACACUGUCAGCGGUUCAGCAAAGGAAUCAGUCAUUGGAACAAAUGUACCAGGAGGCCAAAUUGCAUAAUGAAGAAAUUGAAAAUGAAACGGACAAACUGCAUGCCCUUCUGCAUAAUGCAAGAUGCGAAAGUAAAGUGUUGCAGGAAUAUUUGGACGUGGCAAAUGCGGAAGUUCAGGACCUCCGAUUGGAACAGACUGCAAAACAAAAAGAAUAUGAAAGCAGGAUCCAGAUGUUACAAACUACUGCUGAGGAAAAGGAAACGGUAAUGGUGUUCAAACAAGCUGAAACGGAUAAGCAACUGGCUGAAUCUGAGAACGGUUUAAAACAGUUAAAGAAAAAAUUAGAAGGACUUGAAGGACAUUUAUCUACAGUUGUGUGUGAGAAGGAGAAAUUGGAAAGAGAUAAGGCUGAUAAUGAGAAAAGGCUAUCCAAUUGCUUGACCGAGAUAAGACAACUGCAAGACAGUAUGCACAAAUACAAAGGUCAAAUAAAUGACUUUGAAAGUAUGGUAGGGGACAAAGAAAAGCAAGCAGAAAUGCUAAAAGAGAGUCUUGAGAAAUCCAAAGAAGAAUUGAGUCGUCAGUCUGUAGAGCUGCAAGAGAAGAGUGAUCAGCUUCAACAAACGAGAGGAAAGCUAGAAGUGAGCAAAGGAAAUCAAGAAAAAUUGGAAGCAGAGUUAAAACUACUAACAGAAAAAUUGGCAGAAGCUGAGCAACAGUAUCAUCAGCUUCUAGAUAAACACAAUGAACUUGGAAAUGCUCUCACAGAAGAAAGGGACUUGAGCACCUCCCUUCGUCAACUACUGGAGAAGAUGCAGGAAGAGUUUACUCAGGAGAGAAGCCAGCUUGAGGGAGAACUUGAGGAGGUCCUUGAAGAGCUAAAUAUACUUGAAACUAAAGAGACAGAGACGGAGGAGAAAAUAAAAACGAUUGAGGAAGAGAAUGAACAGAAGAGCAAAACAAUUCUUGAGCUACAAACCCAGUUCAAUGGAAAAGUUGCUGAACUGGAUAGAGUAAAUGAUGAUCAUGGCAAAUUAAUUGCACAACUAAAAGAACAGAAGAGCAACUCACUAAGAAAAAUUGGAGAAAUGGAAACCGAUUUUGAAAGGAGCAAAUUAGCACUAAUAAAUGAGAUGGAGGUACUUAAAGGCUCUACGUCCAAACUGCAAGAUGAAAUACAGCAGCUCAAAAAACUAAAUAAGGAGCAACAAGAGGAACUUGAAGCAACACGUCUGUCUAAAGAUAAAGCAAAUGAGGAAUAUGCCAGGAUGCUGUUGGAUGUUCAGACAAAACUAGCCCAGAAAGAAAGUGAACUUAAAAAAUUGGAAGGCAAAUUUGUGGCCGAAAUUGAAGGGUUAAAGCAGGUAAUGGAGGAUGAACGACAGCAAUUCCAGAAACCACUUCAACAAAAAGAUGCACAAAGAAAACCAGAUAUUGAUGAAGCUGUGCUUUCAGAACUCCAAAAUGAAAGAGAUAGAUGGAGAACUCUUUAUGAAGAAUUGCACAGCAAAGUCAAACCUUUCCAGCAACAACUUGAUGCAUUUGAAGCUGAGAGAAAAGCGUUGCUAAAUGAGAAUGGGGCUGCACAGGAGGAGAUGAAUAAACUCAGUGAGGCUUAUGCAAAGCUACUAGGACAUCAAAAUCAAAAGCAGAAAAUUAAGCAUGUAGUAAAACUUAAAGAGGAAAACCUACAUUUAAAGCAGGAAAUAACAAAAUUAAGGACUGAGCUCUCAAAAGAGAAAAGGUUAAAGGAACCGCAAACCCAAGAGCCAAGACCUAGAAGGUUUGAUCCUUCCAAAGCUUUUCGGCAUGAUAGCAAGGAAAAUGUAAGGCCAUCAAACCCAUUGAAAGAAGGAAACCGGAUUGUAUGCUGAACCUUAUGGAUCGGUCCUGGUGUUUUGGUUUAUAUAUAAUAAAAAAAAAAUGUGGACUUUGAUUUUAUCAGAAGAGCAUUGACUAUAUGAGCAGAAAAUGCAUUUUAAUCCAUAUAUAAGUGAACAACUUUUUCUGUUUUACUUUAUUAAUACAUAUGGUUCAAAGACACGUUUAAUUUUUUUCUAAUUUUGUUAUUUUGAAAAAUUCAUUUUUAAUAUUUUUAAAACAAAGUAAAUUUUGCAUAGUAAUGCAAAGUCCUGUUUUGUCUAUACUGUAGCUGCUAAUGUAUGAUAAC